AUGGCUGAUAAGCUUGUGGAGAGCAAGAUCAGAUGUGACAAAGUAACCCUCUUUAUAGAAAAAGGCUGCCGUUACUGCAGGAACGCUGAGGAGAUGCUCAAGAAGUACAGCUUCGUGCCUGGAAGUCUGGAAGUCGUCGAUAUCACCCAGCGCAAGGAUGUCCAGGAUUACUUGCAGCAAAGAACAGGGCAAAGAACCCUGCCUGUUGUCUUCAUUGGGAGAUGCUGCAUCGGAGGAUUGUCCGGCCUGCAAAGCGUGGACUGCAAGCUCCCUAGAAUACUGCAGCAGAUCGGUGCCCUGCGGUAG